CCAACGCCUUCGAAUUCCUCCAGAAACCUACCCACCUCGGAGCAGCACUGAAACCCUAACUUCAGAUCUUGUUGUGUGUGAGCCUUUAUCCCGGGGGAGGAGCCAUGGCCAUCGCCGGCGAUGCAGCCACAGGAAUCAUAGUGGUGGUCGUGGCGGCGGCUUUGCUCUCGCAGUCGUCGGUCUCGUCCAACUCCGAGGGGGAUGCUCUGUACGCGCUGCGGAAGAGUCUUUCGGAUCCUGACAACGUGCUUCAGAGCUGGGAUCCGACGCUUGUGAAUCCCUGCACUUGGUUCCAUAUCACUUGCAACCAAGACAAUCGUGUCACUCGAGUGGACUUGGGCAAUUCAAAUCUAUCUGGCCAUCUUGUUCCUGAACUUGGACAUCUUGAACACCUGCAAUAUUUGGAGCUCUACAAAAACAAUAUUCAAGGAACAAUACCAGCAGAAUUUGGUAAUCUGAAGAGUCUCAUUAGCCUAGACUUGUAUAAUAACAAUAUCUCCGGUGUCAUCCCUCCGAUGCUAGGGAAGUUGAAGUCCCUAGUGUUCUUACGGCUCAAUGAUAACCAUUUGACUGGUCAAAUUCCAAGAGAACUGGUUAAAAUUUCUACACUUAAAGUUGUGGAUGUAUCAAACAAUGACCUUUGUGGAACAAUUCCCACUACUGGACCAUUUGAACACUUCCCCUUAAACAAUUUUGAAAACAAUCCACGUCUGGAAGGUCCAGAGUUGCAGGGCCUCGCAUUGUAUGACACAAACUGCUGAAAAGGAAUUGAUGAAAUCAAAUCACAGCACCAAAUCAUGGUUGGCGUUAACGUGAUGUGUGAGAGUAGGUUUAAAUAUUGAACUUGAGCUUUAAUGUAGGUUCAACCUAUCUUGUUUGUAAUCGUAUCUUAAGACGUGUUUUAUUUGUAUGCUUAUGUAGAUAAGUCUAUCCUAAAUGAAUGCUUGUUAUCAAUAAAAGUUGGUGCAGUUUAAUUUGAA